AAUGAGAAUUUGGUGGAGGGAGAAAGAGGAAGGAAGAAAUUAUCUGUUUCGACGGGAGAAUUUCUAUUGAUCGGAGAGAAAAUGGCGAACGGUGGACACGGUGUGGUAGUGAACGGGGUUGGUGCACCUGGUGCCGGCACUCUUUCGAGGGAAGAAAGACGUCGACGCAGAAGAGCGACGCAAAAGUAUCGAACUGCACACGCCACGAGAGAAAGGGUUCGAGUAGAAGCUUUCAAUCUAGCUUUCGCGGAGCUUCGAAAGCUUCUGCCGACCUUGCCACCGGACAAAAAGUUGUCAAAGAUCGAGAUCCUUCGGCUCGCCAUCUGCUACAUCGCUUACUUGAACCACGUCCUCGAGGCCUGAACCCUUACCGAGCAGGAAUCACUCUAUUUUUGCAGAAUCGAAUCAUCCGGCUCGAAUAUCGAAUAUACAAGAAGAAAGUAUACAAAUCUUUUUCCACUCUUUUUAACUCAUUUUAUUAUAU